AUGCUGCAGGCUGCACUGCAGCGGCGCAGGCUCAGCUCGCAGCGCAAGCCUUGGCUUUCUCUGGGACUAGAGAAGGUGGGGGCUGGCCAGCAAGAAGGACUCGAGGAGAGGGCCGGGCGCUUCAGGGCUGCCUGCUGCAGAACUGCUGAGGUGAUGGUCAGAGAGCAAGCCGUUCGUAGCAAGGAGGCGAUGAAAGCGGCCAUGGCUGGGCAACUUGGGGCGAGCCUCGGCUUGGCAGGCGGGAGGAGGGACUGGGAGGACCCCACCUUCUUUGGGUGGAACAAAUGGAAGGCGCAUGUGCCAUUGCACUCUCACACGGAUGAAGACUCUGCUCUGCGGUUCUGGUUCGACCGCUCCCAAGCUUGCAAGGAAGAUGCAGCAAAGGCCUUGUGGGACGAUAAGGCGCUCCCAGAAGCGCUCAAGAGUGCCAGGCAGUGGACAAGCGAUCUGCCGUAUACACAGUCAUUGAGUGGGGAUUGGAAGUUUCAUUUGGCGCCCAAGCCAGAGGAGGUUCCAAAGGACUUUGUCGAGCCUGCCUACAAUGACGGGAGCUGGGGUGAUCUAACAGUUCCCUCCAACUGGCAAAUGCAUGGCCACGACAAGCCUAUCUACACCAACUUCGUGUACCCUUUCCCCAUGACGCCUCCUUAUGUCCCUUCUGAAAACCCCACCGGAUGUUACCGCCACACUUUCAAGGUUCCUCAGGAGUACGAAGGUCGCCGGCUGUUCCUUGAGUUCCAAGGUGUUGAUUCCGCGUACUAUGUGUACGUCAACGGUACGCUCGUUGGUUACAGUCAGGACAGCCGGUUACCUGCUGAGUUUGACAUCAGCAACAUUGCAGCGGCCGGCGAGGAGUGCACCAUUGCAGUGCAGUGCAUGAGGUGGAGCGACGGAUCGUACUUGGAAGAUCAGGAUAUGUGGUGGCUCAGUGGCAUCCACCGGGAUGUGCUCCUCCAUGCAAAGCCGCAGGUCAGCAUCAGCCAGUACCAAGUGGAAACCAACCUGUCCCCAGACCUAGCCUCCGCCGAGCUCAAAGUCAAGGUCUCUGUGGAGAGCUCAGAGUCUGAGCCGGCAAAGAGGGCCCUGGCAGCAUACACAGUGGAGGGGACUCUGUACAGAGACUUCGCAGAGGCAGACACGAAGCACAAGCCAGAGAUUGAGGCGCGGCUGGAAAAGAGACCUGCCUCAGAGGACGCAGUCGGUCAUGCGGCGAAUGCGACGCUCAAGGUGCUGCUGAACCAGCCCAAGCUAUGGUCUGCGGAGACGCCGUACCUCUACACGCUCGUGCUGACGCUGCGCGACGCCUCUGGCAAAGUGGUCGAGUGCGAGGCGUGCCGGGUGGGCGUGCGCAAGGUGGAGGUCAAAGAGAAGGAGCUCCUGGUCAACAACAAGCCCGUCAUGAUUCGCGGGGUCAACCGUCACGAGCACCAUCCGAGCCUGGGGAAGGCAAUGGUGGAGGAGAACAUGGUUGCGGACAUCGUCCUGAUGAAGGCCAACAACAUCAACGCCGUCCGCAACAGCCACUACCCGACGCACCCCCGCUGGUACGAGCUCUGCGACCUGUUCGGGAUGUACUUGGUCGAUGAGGCCAACAUCGAAACCCACGGUUUCGACCCCGGUUUGCACAAGGUUAAGAACCAGCUGACCUGGUUCCCGGAGUGGAAGGCCGCGUUCGUCGACCGCGGCGCGCGCAUGGUGCAGCGUGAUAGGAAUCACGCGAGCAUCGUGCUGUGGUCGCUCGGGAACGAGUCGGGGUACGGGCCGGCGCAUGAUGCCAUGGCAGAGUGGAUCCGAGCGGCGGACCCGACCCGUCCGCUGCACUACGAGGGCGGCUUCGCCCGGACGUCCGUGACCGAUGUGGUGUGUCCGAUGUACACGCGCGUGUUCGACAUCGUGAAGAUCGCACGGGACAAGAACGAGAAGCGGCCCGUCAUCAUGUGCGAGUACUCUCACGCUAUGGGCAAUAGCAACGGCAGCAUUGACGAAUACUGGGAGGCGUUCGAGAACACGCACGGGCUACAGGGAGGAUUCAUCUGGGACUGGGUGGAUCAGGGCCUGCUGAAACUGGGCAAAGACAACAAGAAGCACUGGGCGUACGGCGGCGAUUUUGGCGACAUGCCCAACGACGCGACCUUCUGCCUCAACGGUAUCGUGUGGCCCAACCGGUCGCCGCACCCGGCCGUGGCCGAAGUCAAGUACCUGUAUCAACCGCUGGCGAUCACGGCCGAAGCCGAAGGAAUCAAGAUCUUCAACCGCUUCUACUUCACGGACGUCUCCUCCGACUCCCUCUCCUUCACGUGGUCCCUUUCUUCCGACGGCGUCGAGUUGGGCUCCGGUUCCGUUUCCGUCCCGAAUAUUCCGCCGCGGAACUCCGCUCUCCUCUCCCACGCGUCCGCCCCUUGGGCCUUCAGUCGGCAGAGCGCGAAGGGCGAGACGUUCCUGACGCUGACAGCUGUCCAGGCGGGGGAUACGCGAUGGGCGUCGAAGGGCCACGUGGUUGCCACGCAGCAAGUGACGCUGCCCGAGGGGCGGAAGGGCGGAACGCCGGAACGGCGGAACGAGAGCAAGGGGAUGAGCUCCGGGGUGCCGAAGGUGCGGGUGGAGGUGAAGGACGGGCGGACGAGGGUCACGUCGGAAGACGAUUCCGUGCAGGUCGAGUUCGACAACGCCACCGGGACCAUUUCCCGGUGGACCGUGGACGGCACCGACCUCCUCGUGCGCGGCCCCUUUCCCUCCUUUUGGCGGGCGCCGAUUGACAACGACAAGGGGGGAGGCGAGACCAGCUACAUCGCCAAGUGGGCGGCGGGGGGGGUGAACAGGUCAUUCCUCGUGAAGCCGAUCCACUUCAUUGAGAAUGUGUUUGGCAAGGCGCGCUCCGUGGUCGUGAGCGCGUGGCCCCGCGCCGCGAGGGCGCUGUUGCGCGCCGAGGCGUUCGUUCUCAACAUGAGCUACGUGGCUAGGUGGAAGCUGGCGGGGCUGGACAGGCUGGAGAUUGCGAAUGCCGAGACCGCUGUGUUGAGCCAGCCGGCAGACCACGCCUUCAGCCAGGUUCGGACCCAGCUCCGACUCGAGCCCAGCAAAUUCAAGCGGCCCCAAAAGGGCGGCUCAUUCACUCAAUCCUACUUCGCCGACAGCACGCCGGAACUGGAACCUAGCGGGGGGGCACCGUCACAGGCAAAUGUGGGCCCCCCUUCCGUGGACCACUCCAGCCAGCCCAUCCCAGAGACCGGCCACGAGGGCAAGAUUGACGUCAGCGUGACGUACAGCGUGUACGGGAGCGGGGACAUCGUUGCUGACGUGGAAGUGAACCCGGACACGUGGCUGCCCCCGCUUGCGCGGGUGGGGCUGGACAUGGUCGUGCCAAAGGAGAUGAAGGCUGUCGAGUGGUAUGGUCGGGGCCCCCACGAGUGUUACCCUGACCGCAAGGCCUCUGCCUGGGUGGGCCGCUACAAGUCCACCGCCCACGACCUCCACGUGCCCUACAUCUCACCUGGGGAGUGUGGCGGCCGAGCCGACGUCCGCUGGGUGGCGAUCUCCAGCCCAGAUGGCGCGCGGGGAUUCGUUGCGGCGCCCGGGGGGAUCACCCGGCCGCUCCAGGUGAACGUGAGCGAGUUCUCCAAUGAGGCGCUGGAGCAGGCGCUGCACGACGAGGAGCUGGUGCCGGACGAGGCGGGGAUUCACGUACACUUGGACCAUGAGCACAUGGGUAUCGGCGGGGAUGACAGCUGGACCCCAAGCGUCCAUUCCAAGUAUCUCCUCCCACCGAUUCAAUACAAAUACUCCAUUCGACUUUCCCCGAUCCGCGCUGGUGCCAAGACGGACGCUGCUGAGAUUGCCGCAAAAGAGUUGCCAAAAAGAAGCUAGACGGACUGAUUUUGUGGAUCGAUCAGCACCUAGUGUAAAGAGCAAACGGCCGCUUUGGGCUCUUUUACAACUGCCCCGGCCGAGAAUUUGAGGACAUGACAUCCAGGCUGCCUGAUUGAUCGUCACCUACUUGAUUCUGUUACGGUGUACCAUAAAUUUUGACCGUUGUGCUUGGGAUACUUUGGUAGCCCUAGAUCUGAUUUCUCCUUGUGGUAACCAUCCGACAUGACUCCAGGCCUUGCUGCAGAAUCUGCCUAGUGGCUGAUUGAACACGAAUGGGAUAUCAUGCCUCAAUUGACGAUCU